AUGCCGGCCGACUACCUUGUCUUUCCUCAGACUCAAGCUCCUACAUUCAACCUGCCUGUUAAUCCAGUCGUCCGGGAGCUCAAGUUCGUCGAGGAGAGUGUCGCGCCAGGUGUCGAGGACGAGGCGCUUGCUCAGGGCCCGGCGACCAUAGCGAGCUUUGUCAGUGAGGAGGCGCCAUCUCGAGUGCUCAUGUCGAAGUCACGCUCAUUCAAGUCUUCUGCUCCAAAACGCUCAAACGCGCCUCCUCCUGGGUACGCAGAAGACCCCUCCGCCGGGCCUAUGCUGCGCUACGAGGCGUCGCUGCCGCGGCUCCCCGUGCCCCCGCUCUCCUCCACGAUCGCCAAGUACCUCGAGACUGCGGAGCCGCACCUCUCGCCCGCGCAAUUUGCCGCGACACGCACGGCGGCGAAGGCGUUCCUCGACUCGGAGCAGUCAAAGGUGCUGCAGGCGCGCCUCGAGGAGCGCGCGCGCGACCCCAACGUCAAGAGCUGGCUGUCAGAGUGGUGGAACGAUGCGGCAUACAUGGGCUACCGGGACCCGGUCGUGGUGUACGUGAGCUACUACUACGUGCAUCUGGACGACCGGCGGCGGCCGAGUCAGGCGAAGCGUGCGGCGCAGCUGCUCAAGGCGAUGCUGCCGUUCAGGUAUCUGGUAGAGAGCAAGCAGCUGGAGCCGGAGAAGAUCCGGGGGAUGCCUCUGGCUAUGGAGUCGUACGAAUGGCUUUUCCAUUCGAGUCGUUACCCAGUGAAGCCCUCAGACAAAGCGCGGAAGUACGAUCCCACGACGCACAACCACGUUGUGUUCGUCAGAAAGAACAAGUUCUUCAAGGUUCCCCUGGCAGACAAGAGUGGCCGGGAGCUAUCUGCAGCAGAGCUUGAGGCACAGAUCGAGAAGGUGAUCGCGAUGGCGGGACAGUGGAAGGCUGUUCCUGUGGGGGCGCUCACUAGCGAGAACAGAGAUACGUGGACAGAUGCUCGCGAUGCGCUGCUCGCCGCAUCACCGGAGAACGCUGCGUCUCUCGAAGCGAUCGAAUCGGCGAUGUUGAUUGUCUGCCUGGACGACUUUGCACCCGUCACUCGCGAGGACGCCGGCUGGGGCUGCUGGGUGGGCGACGGGCGAAACCGGUUCUACGACAAGCAUCAAUUGAUUGUCUUCGAGAACGGCAAGUCCGGCUUCCUAGGCGAGCACUCGUGCAUGGACGGCACACCGACCUUGCGGCUUAACGAGUUUAUGCUCGCGUCCCUCGCGUCUGGCAAGGCCGACUUGGGCCCCGAGCGCACCGUGGACACCGCUAAGAACCUGGAGAUCCCGACCGAGUUGACGUUCGCACUCGACGACAAGACGCACCAGUACAUUAAGCAAGCGGAGUCCCACUUCGACGAGCUUGUCGGCAAGCACGACAUGCACGUGUUGCAUUAUGAGGGCUACGGCAAGGAAUAUAUCAAGAAGGCCAAGUCCUCUCCUGACGCAUGGGCACAGCUCGUCAAGCAGCUCGCGUUCCACAAGAUGUACAACCGGCCAGGAGUCUGCUACGAGAGCGCGCAGACGCGCAAGUACCAGCAGGGCCGCACGGAGACGAUCCGCAGCGCAAGCAACGAGAGCAAGGCGUGGGCGGAAGCCAUGCUGAACCCUGACGAGACGGACGAGCACCGGGCUGCCCUGUUCCGCAAGGCUGUGACACGCCACCUGCAGUAUGCCGCGUGGGCUGCUGACGGGCAAGGCGUCGACCGGCACUUGUUCGGUCUGAAGAAGACGCUCCGCGACGGGGAGCCGGUACCGCAGAUCUAUACAGAUGAGGCGUUCUCCAAGACGAACCACUGGGAGCUGUCAACGUCCAAUCUGUCCUCACCCGUCCUUGACGGGUGGGGAUACGGAGAAGUCGUGCCUGACGGAUAUGGGCUGUCGUACUCGAUUGGCGACGACCAUAUUCGCUGGACGAUCACCAGUUUGAAGAGGAGAACGGCGGAGCUCAAACACUACCUGGCGGAGGCCGCCACAGAGACGAAGGAGAUGAUGGAGAGGGCUGCCGCUGCUGAGGCCAAGAAGGCGAGCGAGGAGAAGCCCAAGUUGUAACAUUAUCAGUGUUCCGCGCACACAGUCUCAUCAUCUACGUCUCGAGCUUUUCCAAUGCUAUCUCCAGGAUUUAUCAAUGU